GAAAGUUUUUCGUAAAAAUAAAACGUUUCAAUAUUCCCAAAAAAUAAAAUGGCCCUGCGUCUGAAUUUGAAGAAACUAUCCAAUGACAUUGUCAAACCAAUGAUGCUGACCAAAACAAUAUCCAGAAACAGAUCAAAUUUGACUCCCAUGGCUGGCUGGUUAGAAAAGCCCCGAAGUUUAUUGUUUCAUCCCAAAAAUAUUAUCAAACAUGCCGAGGUCAUACCCAUUGGAAUAAUAACAUUGGUCGGUUUCACAUGUGAAGUACUUUGGACCAUACGUGUGGCCUUGACCCGGGAUGAUGUUAAAUUUCUCAACGACAAAUUUGCCUGUGAACAAAUUGAGACAAGACACGGUCCCCUGUAUCCGGCUCCAAUAAGAAAAUUCAAAGUUUACAAUCAAAAAUAUGAAAUGCCAAGGGGAUUAAUUGAAGCUAUACAGACACCAGCGGAAUAGGGGGUGGAUAAAUAACGACGCGUACAUUAAAGUUCUUAAAAAAACAAAAGAAAUAUUUUGUUGUGUUUCAAGAGCUAAAUUUCAAUAC